GGUUCGGUCGUUCGUGCGUACUACGACGAGUCGACGAGUCAGCUCGUGGUGCUCCUUCGGGCGACACUGAGAGAGGAGACGAGAGUCGAGAGAUCAACCCUCCAUCAUCUCCGCCCAGAUCUCGCCGCCGCCGACGAGAUGCGCCUCCUCCUCGUCCUCGUCAUCGCGGCCCUCCUCGCCGUCGCGUGCACGCCCCUUGCGUCCGCCUCCGAGUCCGACCACAAGUACAAAGUUGAUGAAUCGGUUAAGCUCUGGGUAAACAAGGUUGGCCCGUACAAUAAUCCUCAAGAAACGUAUAACUAUUACAGCCUUCCGUUUUGUCUACCAUCUGAAAACCCUGCACACAAAUGGGGUGGUCUUGGAGAGGUCCUAGGUGGAAAUGAGCUGAUUGAUAGUCAGAUUGAUAUAAAGUUCUUAAAACAUGUGGAGAAGGGCCCCAUUUGCACAAUUGAACUUGAUGCUAAAAAGGUUCAGCAAUUUACUGAUGCCAUUGAAAGUUCAUAUUGGUUUGAGCUUUUCAUAGAUGAUCUGCCAUUGUGGGGUUUUGUUGGGGAGACUGACAAAAAUAAUGAAAACAAGCACUAUCUUUACACUCACAAGAACGUUGUUGUUAAAUACAACGGUAACAGGAUAAUUCAUGUCAAUCUCACUCAAGAGUCACCUAAGCUUCUUGAAGCUGGUAAAAAGCUGGACAUGACAUAUUCAGUGAAGUGGGUGCAGACAAAUGUGGCAUUUGCGCGGCGUUUUGAAGUUUACUUGGACUAUCCGUUCUUCGAACACCAGAUUCAUUGGUUCUCCAUCUUCAACUCUUUCAUGAUGGUUAUUUUCUUAACUGGUUUAGUAUCAAUGAUAUUGAUGAGGACCCUGAGAAAUGAUUAUGCAAAAUAUGCACGUGAAGAUGAUGAUCUGGAGUCGCUUGAGAGGGAUGUUAGUGAGGAAUCUGGAUGGAAGCUUGUGCACGGAGAUGUAUUUCGGCCUCCUCGCAGCCUGAUGUUUCUUUCUGCUGUUGUCGGUAUUGGCACUCAGUUGGCGGCUCUUAUCAUGCUUGUUAUUGUAUUGGCCAUUGUUGGCAUGCUAUACGUCGGACGAGGAGCCAUCAUCACAACCUUCAUCGUGUGCUACGCUCUUACAUCUUUCAUUUCUGGAUAUGUUAGUGGCGGUCUUUACUCAAGGAAUGGUGGCAAAAACUGGAUAAAGUCUAUGAUCCUUACUGCGUCCCUUUUCCCAUUCUUAUGCUUUUCAAUUGGACUAGUGUUGAACACCAUUGCUAUCUUCUACCAUUCAUUAGCGGCUAUACCAUUUGGCACGAUGGUUGUCAUAUUUGUUCUCUGGGCUUUCAUCUCUUUCCCUUUGGUGCUAUUGGGAACUGUAGUUGGUCGAAACUGGAGUGGUGCUCCCAAUAACCCAUGCCGCGUGAAGACAAUCCCUCGUCCUAUUCCUGAGAAGAAGUGGUACCUUACACCUUCUGUUAUCUCAUUGAUGGGUGGGCUUCUCCCCUUCGGCAGCAUCUUCAUUGAGAUGUAUUUCGUGUUCACGUCAUUCUGGAACUACAAGGUGUAUUAUGUUUAUGGUUUCAUGUUACUAGUCUUUGUCAUUCUCCUAAUAGUCACAAUAUGUGUCACCAUUGUGGGCACUUAUUUCUUGUUGAACGCUGAGAACUACCAUUGGCAAUGGACAUCGUUCUUCUCUGCUGCAUCUACUGCCUUGUAUGUAUAUCUGUAUGCUAUAUACUAUUAUCACGUGAAGACAAAGAUGUCAGGAUUUUUCCAGACUAGCUUCUACUUCGGCUACACCUUGAUGUUCUGUCUUGGGCUAGGGAUACUUUGUGGUGCUAUUGGCUAUCUGGGGUCUACUCUCUUUGUGAGGAGAAUCUACAGAAACAUUAAAUGCGACUAAAUUGCCACUCUGAUGCUGGUAGACGCCAUUAGCACUUAGCAGAUCAUGUGUUGUCGCAGGUCCAGUGUGGAGUAACGUAUUCUAAUUAACUUUUGGGAAUUAUACAGGAGGUUGCUCUCCAUUACAUUUUUCUGUUUUCUUUUUGGUCUAUCUCUGACAUGGAACUGGCCCCAUAAAAUGUAUACCUAUAUUAGUUCAGGAACUAGCUUCAGUACUGAAAAUUACAUCUAGGUCUCUUUUUUGCGGCGACCUACAUUGGUCAAUAGCAAGACAUCGUUGAUGAAUAUUGCUGCAGUGCAGGUUCCAGUUGACUAGAUUUCGCCUCUAGUA